AUCAUUAGGAGAUAUUCUGUGCAUCGCCGGUGUUCUUGCUUUUCUGGGUGUGGGCAGUGGACUAGACUGAGCUAGCUGGCUGGCUGGAGACACGGGGAAAGAGAAGGCUAACAGUGACAGGAGCGGCGAGAAAGAAGGGAGAUUUGCAGGAGCCAUGUGUCACUUCCAGGACUCGUUCUGGUGGGGAAAUGGAUACGAAGAGAUGCAUCGCUACAUCAAGCAGGGGGAGGAGUUUUGUAAGGAGAUGGAGGGAAUCGUUACCGAGAGGUCUGAUGUUGAGAAGGAGUAUGUCAAAGGUUUACAUAAACUUGUCAUGAAAGCAAAGAAAACAGUCAAAAAGUGUGUCGGGUCAGUGCAGAAUGCCUGGCAGAAGAUGGUGGUUGAGCUGGAGGCUGAGGAGGAGAUUCAUCGGUCGCUGUCGUUUGGUUUGAGUCAAGACGUGGCGAAGGUGUUGAACGGACUGACAGAGCAACAGAUAAAACAGCGACACGUGGUUGAGAAUGCCGUCAAAGACAGACUAAAGGCACAUGGCGAGAAACAGAAACAGCAAUUGAGACUGAAGAAGACCUCGCACAAGACGUGCCGGGACCUUGAGAGUGCGCUGGAGACACUGGCAGACGUGAAGGCCAACAGGGGCAAACCAAUGUCAGAGAAGGAUGUGGCUAAACUGGAGAAGAACUGCAGGAAGCUGGAGGAGGCGCUGGUGAAGAGUGACAGAGACUACCGGGACUCCAACAUGAAGACAGAGGAGGCGCGGCUGGCCUGGGAGGCCUCCAUGUACCGCUGCUGUCAGACUCUGGAAGCCAUGGAGCUGGAGAGGUGCCAGCAAGUGCAGCUGAUGCUGGUCAAGUAUUCCCAACUGGUGGAGACUGUCAUUAGACCCACUGAACAAACAUGUGAGGAGCUCAUCCAAGCCGCCAGUGACAUUAACCCCACUGACGAUGUCACUCUGGUCUGUGAGCAGUCUGGAACGGGGCCCAACACUCCCGAACAACUCCUUGUCGACUACUAUGAGGAGGACAGCAAGAACCAGGUGAACGCCGACCGUCGCUGUGCCUACCUUGAGAGAAAGAUACAGGAGGCUGCCGAGGAAAUCCAGAGACAGGAGAAAGCCAAAAUGGGAGUGGAGAGCUUACAGAAGGCGUACCAGGAACAACCAGAUUUCACUGACGACAAAGGUGCCGAUGACGUCACUCGACAACUCUUUGAGGCCGAUGCGCUGCUGAAUCUUCUGAAGGCGACUCACUACAAGUUGCUGUUGUCUCACUCGGAGGUGACGGGCUCCGCCCAGCCGUCGUCUCAGUUUGCCGAGUACAUCACCACCACCAGAGACAAACAGGGAGUGCCGACCAGUGUCCUGCGGGUCCCUCUCGACCAGACGGCCAUUCUCACUGCUCACCCUCUCCCCUCCUUCACCCCGACCUCUGACCCCUCAUCCCUCUACUCCAAGCCCAUCAAGAGAGGCAGCUCUGCCAAGAAACCACCUUCCCCCCGACUCCCACCUUCAGAAGCUCCGCCCCCCUAUCCUGCCGGAAGUCAAGACGAGGACGAAGAUGGUUGGGGAGCUAACGAGUUUGACGGGUCUGACGACGAGGGAGGGGGAGGGGCAGCUGCCACUCUACAGUUCCAGUCUGACAACUCCAAUGAACACCAAUACAUUGGACAGUGUGAGGCAGUGUACGACUACGAGGCCCAGCAACCAGACGAACUCUCACUGCAGCCUGGCGUUGUCAUAAACCUGAUUGACCGAUCUGACAAGGACUGGUGGCAUGGCGAAUGCAACGGACAAAUUGGAAUAUUUCCCGCGUCCUACGUACAACAAGUCUAACUUUUAUCUACGACACACACCCACCCAUUUUUUAUUGAAAUGACAAACCAAAUGUAACACUUUUAUUAUGUACAGAAUACCAUCUCUAGAAUGUAAAUAGGAAAUGUAUACUGAGAUUUUAUUUGAUUAAUGACAACAAUUAAUGACAACACACAAAGAACGGUGUUUUAAUUGGAGUAUGUGCAGCCUUAGGUCUACUUUUCAGUAUUAGUUUUUAUGCAGCAAAUCUGUCGAGAUUUACAUUUUCUUCUUCAAGUCUCGAAGUUCCAUUCUCACGCCGGCCAAUUCGGAGACAAGAUUUCUCCUGAGUAUAGCUGAGGCACAGAAGACACCUCCGUGCAUAGCACCUGAGAAUCCACACGUCAUCGCGUCUUGCCCCGUCAGGUACAACCCUGGAAGCCCCGUCUGUGGGCGGAGUUUCGCCAUCGUUUCGAGCGUGAACCGCUCCAAGUCGUGGUCGAUCCCGUACACCUCACCGCUGUAGCUACCGAGGUAGUACUGGUUGGAGAGUGACGUACCCACGUCGAAAUACUCCUCCCGUCCCUCGAGAUGGGGGAACAUUUCAAGAACUUGACACCAUGCCUGCCGCCCGAUGGCUAGUUUGAGGCUCUGGUAAUCCUCUCCUCUGUGCAAGACUCUCUCCUUCUCCCACUCUUUGUACCAGCGAUGUGGCGACACCGUCACGAUCUCGCACGUCGAUUUGCCGGGGAAACGCUCUGCAAACGUCGGGUCUUUCGUGGAGGGAAAGGAGAUGAAGAGAAGGGGCGGAGCUAACUUUACAGCCUCGUCCGAUGUGAGGGACAUGUAGGUGUCAAGUUGUGUCUGCAAGUCACUGUCGCUAAAUGCCCAGACAUUGCUGGCCUUUAGUCCUAGUUCUUCAGCACUGCCGUCCAGUCCGACGAAUACCGUCAUUAGCGCCAUUCCUGGGCGGAGCUUGUCGGCCAUGGCAACCAGACCACACCCCUUCCCAACCUCCUCUGGGAGAAGGGUACGGGCUGUGUUUGUGAGCCCAGCGUCGGAAAUUACGACUGGAGCAAGGAUGUCGAAAACGUUGUGUCCUUUCUUAACUUGUACACCCACGACUUGAUCACGAGUGUCGUUAAGCAGGAUUUCCCUCACUGGGGCCCUGACGAGGACACGCCCCCCAGCUCUCUCGAUGGUGGGGAUUAUUUGGAAUGCAAUCUCGCUGGCCCCGCCCCUUGGAUAGUAGCCUCCGUACAUGAAAUGUCGAGUCAGAAUUGCAUGCAUCAGAAAUGACGCUUCCUUCGGAGCUGUCCCAUAGUCUCCGAAUGCGUAGGCCAGAACAGCCUUGAGGUCUGGGUCUGAGAAAUGAGAGUCCAGCACCUCCUGAAGAGACAUGCCCAGGACCUCCACGGGGAACCAUCGUUUCAACAGUCCACUCCAUACCAGAAGCUUUGUGAACCACCGGGGGGCCAAUUUCAUGACCCCCAACAGAACCCCCGCGGAUUGCGCAACCUCUCGAACCAACUCGAAAUACUUCCUGAUCCCCUUCUCCUCGCCGGGGAACCUCUCGCACAGAGAUUUCUCCCAGGCCCCCUUCCCCGAGGGGACCGGAAAUUCCCUCUUGUGGUCCCCUGACCCCAACACCACUGUGUCGAAGGUGUCCUCCAGUUUUGUCCAGUCUAGUCUCCCCUCAGUUAGCUGGUCCGCCAGAACUCUGGUGGAAGUUCCUUCUGCCAUCUCCCCGAUAUAGUGGAUCCCUGUGUCAAACUCAUAGCCUUUGUCGAUGAACGUGUGGCAGCAACCGCCAGCCUGAUCGUGCUGCUCAAGAACCAGCACUUUCUUCCCGGCUUUGGAGAGGAGAGAGGCUGCAGUCAGCCCACCUAUACCACUGCCAAUGACGAUGGCGUCCAGGGAGUCGGGGAUCUUAUCGACCGAGAAGCUCUGUUUCAGCACGCGAUCUCUCUCGCCAUGAGCGGUCACUAGUUGCGGCGGAGGAGACGGGGGGAAGACGCGGACGAACGGACUGUUGCCCGAUCGGAGCCGCCGGCCGUGAGGAGCCAGAGACUUCUGCUCAGCAGUCUCCAGAGUAACAGAAGACCGGCCAACACGAACAGACAGAUCAGUGGCCACGCCACCAUCUCCAACAACUUCCACCAACUGUACUGCACGGAUGAUCGCAUGGAAGAUGUCGAUAUUCACAAGCUGGAAAGAGCACGUGCAUUCUCCCAUUUACGGUCCUUUUCGUUGGCCAGAGAUCUUUCUGCAAAUGU